AUGAGUGCUUCUAAUGUUUAUCAUGUUGACUAAAACGUAAUAUUUGUGCUGAAAGAUAGUUCAUCAAAUGAUAAAUAGAAACAAUAAAUCCGCAAAAUCAACAAGGAAAAGUUAAAAAUAAUCUUGCAAAUUAGCGGAUGCAAAGCAGCUCAUUCAUAUUCUCUUUGUGAGAAAAUCUUUGAAAUGAUAUUCAGUAAAUUGUUGGAAAAUUUUGAUAAACAAAAGAACCAUCAACCAUUAAAUGGAUAAUCUAAUAAACAAGUAAACUCAGCCACAAUAACUGAAAAACACUUCAAAGAAAUAGUAUUCAACUCUGUAUUCGAGAAAAAGUACAUUCGAGAGAAAGAAGACCUUUAUAAAGAAGAUUUUUAAAUUGCAUGGAGUUUGACAGAAAAAAAGUAGCCACUCAUAAUCCUUUUUGGUGGUACUUCAGGUACUGGUAAAAGCACAGCCAGCAGCAUUUUAGCCUCAAGAUUUGGAAUUUCUACAGUUUUAAGCACCGAUUCUAUAAGACAUAUAAUGAGAAAUUUCUUAUCAAAAGAAGAAAAUCCUGUUUUGUUUGCAAGUACUUAUGAGGCAGGUAAGACAUUGCCUGAUCUGAAUAUCAGUGAUCAAAGGAGGAUAAUCAAAGGAUAUAAGGCUUAAUGUGAAUUAGUUUAACAGAGAUUAGAACAUGUAAUUAAUACUUUUGAUGAAAAAAUGGAUUCUAUCAUCAUUGAAGGAGUACAUCUGACACCUAUUUUUAUGAUGAAGAUUAUGAAAAAAUACAAGAGAGUGUUACCAUUUGCAAUAUGCAUUAAGAAAGAAUCUAAACAUAAAGAGAGAUUUGCAGUGAGAUCAAAAUAUAUGACUCUGGAUUCCAGACAUAAUAAAUAUGUUGAGAACUUUCAAAAUAUUAGAUUGAUUCAAAAAUGGUUUUUAGAAAAGGCAGAUGAAUUCCUAAUUCUUAAAGUAGACAAUGUCAAUAUUGAUAAAAGUAUAGAUACCAUACAUAGAACUAUAAUCUAAUAUAUGAAGCAUCUAUCAGAUGAUCAAUCUGUUACUGAACUUAAAAACGCAUUCCCCAUUUAUGAAGAAUUUAACAAGGUAAUAAGUGAUGCAUGGAGUUCUAAGGAAGUAAAGGAUUAUAUCCAUAGUUAAGUGAAUAAAACUGAGAUAUAUGAACAAUUCUUACAAAAAAUGAAUGAACAAUAAGCAGACAAUAAUACAACUGUCAUUUAAGAAUCAGAAAAAGUCAAUUCCAAAGUCUUGAUUUAAUAAUCAGUGCAGAAAUUCAAUGAAAUCAGUCUCAAAAAUGAAAAUAGAGAUAAUCAAAAUAAUCUAACCAAUACAACUGAAGUUAAUUAUAUAGUGGAUGAUCAAGAUGAGAAAAAGGAUAAUCUCAAUCAUAUAAGUGAUCAGGAGGAUCAAAAUGAAGAGAGAAGGAGAAGAAAUCAAGAUGAUAAUGCCAAUCCAACUUUUAAAAAAACAAAGUCAUUGAAAACAUUGAUCACUUAAAUUGAGAGUGAAUAACAAAUUCAAGAACCCAUAAAAGAGUAGAAUAACAAAAAGAAUCUGAAAGUGGCAUUUUAAGAACCUGAAUUUGAGAAGGAGGAGUAAGAGUAAACAGAAUAAAAACCUCAUAGAACUGAUUAUAAAGGCAUUUUGUAUCAUCUGACUAAACAUAAGAGAAUCUUCCUAAGUAAAAAGACCAAACCAUCCAAUCUGGUAUUUAUCAAGAAAAUGAUUUCUAAUUACAAUAAAAGUUAUCAAAGUCAUGACAGAAUCAAAUUAAUUCAAAAUAAUGAUGGUAGUUAUUGCUUAUUUAAAAUGAAUGUAUAAAAGUUCAUUAAGAAGUCUGAUUCAAGAGAAGAGUCUUCCAGUGAACCUGAUGAUAAUGAACAAUCUGUUGUUUAAUAGGGAAGGUCACUCAUGACUCCUUCUAACUUUCCAUUCAGUGAAAGAAGAGAUUAAUCAGAUGGUGAUUCCGUAAGGUUUAGAAAUGAUGUAAACAGUGAUGAAGAGGAAAUUGAAAAUGAAAACGAAAAUGAAAAUUCUGUUGAAGCAUCUAGUUCUGAUGAAGAAGAGGGGAAUCUAGAAAAAGUAAAAUUGAAAAUGAAUGACGAUGAGGAAGAUUACAUUGAACUAUAAAAGAUUAUUGAGGAAGAUGAACAAAUCAAUGAGUAAGAUGAAAUCAUGGAAACUCCAUUAUAAGUUUAAUUACUUGAUUAAUAAGAUUAUUCGGAUCAAUCUCCUUGAUUUUAUACAAAAUUUACUUAAAUCAUCAUUUAAA